UAACUCCAUUCCUCCACUCCUUUACUCCCUCCUCAACAUCCCAGCAAACACCCAAUCAACAAGCCCCACCCCAUCUGAUUACUUGCCAAAGGCCAUUCCUGUUUCGACCUCCCCCACGCAGCAAACUACACUAAAAACACCCACUUUCUUUGGCCUUUCUCCCCUCUCAAAUCUCCUCAUCUUUUCUUCUUUUCCAUCCUUUGUUGCGCCUCACACUCCUUUUCUCUUGACUAAUUAGCCUAGAUUUCAGGAGGCAGGGAACAAAAUGAUUCAAGAGUUGUUGGGUGGUGUGGUGGAGGAGCGGAAGAUCUCCAUCCCGGGAAGCCUUCUAAUCGAUCCAUCCUCUUCCUCAACUUCCCUUUCCUCCACCUCCCUAUCUUCUGCCUCAUCCUCGCCUUCGGCCACCUCGGAGCCACAUCAGAACCUGAGGUGCCCCCGGUGCGACUCCUCCAACACCAAAUUCUGCUACUACAACAACUACAACCUCACCCAGCCCCGCCACUUCUGCAAGACCUGCCGCCGCUACUGGACCAAGGGCGGCGCUCUCCGCAAUGUUCCCAUCGGCGGUGGAUGCCGCAAGGCCAAGGCUGCCCCAGUUAUCGCAGCUGGGGCCAGCAAGUCAGGUGCCACCAAGGCGAAGCCUUCAUCACCUGAUCUCUUGGCAAGGUCAGGCAUCAGCGGAGGGCUUGAGCAUGAGCUCCCGUCGAGCCCGUUAUUCUGGGCUUCGCCGCAUACUUCACACUUGAUGGCCUUGCUCAGGGCCACCACCGUCCACAACCCUAACCCUAACCCCCAUUCAAGCUCCACACUCAGUUCUGUAAGAAAUAAGGAGGAUGGGGCCAUGAUGGGCACACACAUGGCGGCCGACACGGUUGGUCAUGCAUUAAACUCACAAGGCCUGAGCUUGGACCCUUUAGGUCAGCUCCCAGUAGCGCCUUGUGGUUCCUUGUGGAGGAAUGGCAACCAGUAUGCAUAUCAGCAACAGCCGCAGACGCAGCCGCUGCAACAGCAUAGCAACAUGUUGUUGGGCGAAGUACCGAGCUCCGGAAUCCAAGAGCUGUACCAAAGGUUCAAAUCAUCCGCAAAUUACUGCAAUGACCAGCUGCAGGCGGUCAUGAGCAAUGUGGGUUGUUUGGAUUCUUCUUGUUCUUCAGCUACUACUGCUAUGACAACAGCGACAACGACUGUGGGCACUGGUACUGCCACUUCGAUCAUGGAGCCGAUCCCCCUCUCAGGAGGUGAAUUCACUUACUGGAACCCAGCACUUACUUGGUCUGAUCUGCCCACAACUAAUGGUGCAUUUCCCUAAGGAUGCUUCUUCUCAUACCUAAGUUAGAUUAGUGGCUUUUGUUCGUGGGGUUGUUUUGACAUUUGUGUUAUGAGUUAUAAACGCCGAGAGUAGUAGCAGAAUAUUUUGUUGUUGGUUGUGUUUUUCAGUGGUUUUAUGUGUGUUUUCGUUUGUGGAAAUGUACUGGUUAUCAAGAUCAUGAACGAAGUUAAAGAUAGUGUUUUCCUUUCACUCUCCUUUUUA